CGAGGAGAAGGGGAGGCAGACUGUAAGCAUCACGACUAUAGGAGGACUCUCUGUUCCUUUCAUCUGCAUAUCGUCUGAGUAAUAUCGACAAUUAAUAGAGUUCUAGUUUUAAGGAGGCCUGUCAGCGUUUAAAUAGGGUUUAGUUGUGGUUAUACGCCAGUGGGAAACGUUACAGUUUGUUUCGAAGCGUUGGAGACUCAGUUGUUGUUGCUUUGAAAAGUUUUAACGAAGAUCGCAAAAGGAAGUCAACACAGGUGGCGUUUCUAGCGUCAAAUACAUGGCGACUUUUCGAAGACUGUGGAUAGAUAGAAAGUGGAUAUAUAAUAUAUGUUCCGUGAAGAAAGGAUGCGCUGAUAAUCGUUGCAAGAAAACAGAGAGAGUCCGUCAUCGGUGUUUGCAGCUGAGCUACCUGCGUUAUUAUUGGGGGUUGGGAUGUUUUGGAAGGUCGUCGUCACCAUUAGACGCUUAACCAAAACCUUAAGUUAGGACGCUGCUGAGUGAGCACCCUCAUCCCUGUUUUGGUGUCGUUGAGAUGGGACACAGAAAUGCACCGCGACGGAACUAUGGUUCAGGUGGAGGAAUUUGAGACGAGCUAUAAGAGUGGCCAGCUCGCUAGUUAAAUCACUAGUCGUCAGAUUGGUUACUCGCUAGCAAGCAGAUUGACAACCUCAUACGCUUUAACGCUAACAGGCUAUCAGCUGUCUUUGUGUGGACAACACAGUGCGACUCGAUGGAAGCGUACAGUAGCAUGCUAACAAAGCAAUGCUUUGUUGUUGGAUAGGAGGCAGCUGGCACCAACACACAGGCAUCAAAGCAAGAAUAUUGCUUAGCUAAGACUCGAGGCGUUUGGGGGGGUCCAGACACCGUUGUGUGUGUGCAAAUAAAAGAAGAGAAGACCACUGCAAGAGACCGUGAAGGCAACCUGAUGACACUGGACAACAUGAAGUCGGAGAGAGAAGUGCCAGAGGAUCAGACGGGUCUCCUCGGUUCCUAAACCAAAAGCAUUUCUGCAAGAUGCAACGGAGGAGUUUUUCGAGUACGAUGCGGAGGAGUUCCUGGUGUUCCUGACACUGCUCAUCACCGAGGGAAGGACACCGGAAUAUUCUGUGAAGGGCAGAACCGAGGGGCUGCACUGCCCGCCAGCCCAGUCGGCCAUGCCGCCUCUUCACAAGCACGAGUGCAGCGACAAACUGCCCCAGUGUCGGCAGGCAAGGCGAACCCGCUCAGAGGUGAUCCUUCUUUGGAGGAACAGCAUCCCCAUCAUGAUCGAGGUCAUGCUCCUGCCAGACUGUUGCUAUGGUGAUGAGUGCCCCCCGAGUGACCCCAUCAGCGACCCGGUCAUCAAACAAGAUGCUCUGCUGCUGGAGAGAUGGACCCUGCAGCCAGUUCCUAGACAAAGCGGUGAUCGUUUCAUCGAGGAGAAGACCCUGCUGCUGGCUGUUCGCUCCUACGUCUUCUUCUCCCAGCUCAGCGCCUGGCUCAGCGCCUCCCAUGGCAUCGUCCCGAGAAACAUCCUGUACAGGAUCAGUGCUGCCGAUGAGGAUCUGGUGUGGAAGUUUUCCCAGCCCCCGUCGGAACACAUUUUCCCCGUCCCCAAUGUCUCCCAAAGUGUUGCACUGCAGGUUCGUGUCCAGUCUCUCCCCCGCCAACCCACCUACCCCACCCUGGCCUGCAGCAUCCACACAGGCCUGCCUCCGCUCUACAGCAAGACCCCCAGCCUCAACCCUAACCUCAACAGCCAUGGUGGACCGCCCACCCACAGAAAGAGCCAGCAGGACCCCAGCAAAGAAAACCUCCUUCCUAACAUGUACACCAAGAGCUCUAACUCCAUGUCCGGCCUUCUCCUCAAUGGAUUACCCAUCCCUAAUCUCCCCAUCAGCAACAUACCCAUUAAUAGCCUCCCCCACACAGCUGUCUCCCUUCCUUACAGCAAGAAGGAGCCCGGUGAGGACCACACGUAUCAGAAUGGCGAGCUCCCGCAUGUCAACAUCCCCCAACGUCAGGGCUCCCCGCUGUUCCACAGGUCCUCUCACUCCCCCACACCGCCUCGCUCUCACUCCCCCUCUCCACUUCCCACCAGUAAAGCUGGGAAGUGGCUGUACUCUGCACUCAAUGGUUCAUCCGACCCGAAAGAAGUAGAGGACUUCGGGUGUGUCCCCAACAGCAGUGAUAGGACAAAGAAGCCUCUGCCCGAGCCGCUGAGAACCUUUAAGAACUUCUCAUUGGCCGAGCCGCCCCGAUGCCCCUCCCCCAGACCCGCAACCGAGACAAAUCCCCUGAUUGGCUCCCUGCUGCAGGAGAGACAGGAAGUUAUCGCCCGCAUUGCACAGAGGCUCAACUUCUGCGACCCCACUGCACCGCCACUCCCCCCUGGCCUUUUCGCCUCCGACAACCCUCCCAAAGCCAUGUGGGGCAGUAACCAUGACGACAUAACUGCCAGUAAGACCAAAGAGCCUGAAGUACCCCCCUGCGAGUUUGUGGGACGCGUGUGGCCGAGUCCGUUCAACACACCCACCACUGACCCUUCCUCCUUCAGCAAGCGGGAGAGCUCCUCCCCUAAACCGGCAGCAUGCAGGAAGCUGAGAAUGACCGAGAUGAGAGAGGGGGAGGAGGAGAGGAAGGGAGAGAGGGAGAAAGAGAAAGAGAGCUCUCUGAUCGCCCAGGCAGUACAAGACAUAACGAGACUCAUCCAGGAGAGACUGUCCGUCCCCUCGCUGUCCCCGAGGCACGGCGGGAGCGGCAGCGGCAGCCACCUGCACCACACACACACAACAACAACAACAGUCACACACACGGUCCGCACAUACUCACACCCACCGCACGUCCCACACACUGCCACCAACGGCUACACUAAUGGCCACACACCCAGCCAUGAACCUCACACAGGCAGCAGCCGCACACACGCGCCCUUUUGCACAGACAAGCCUGGGGUCGAUCCGGGGACCGAAUGCCAUUCUCCCCGGGCCCCAAAUGGUGCUCACCUUACACUUGAAGAACCUUUAUUCAAAGACCGGCCCUACGCACAGGCUGGUCGACGUUUACGAACUCCCCCACGCGAAAAGCUUAGAGCGAGGACACCCAGCAGCCAUGAAACCCUCUCUGCCUCCCCCGUCCUUGAGAACAGCCCAAGGAAUGCCCAGAUUUUUGGUGGGACUUGCAAUGAUGCGAGCCCCGCCAUGAACUGUAACAUGAGCCACAACCACAGCAAGCCUCAGCCUCAGCUCCAGUCGCAGGUGCAGAUCUGUGCACAAGCCCAGGCCUCUGCCCUGCAGGACGAGAACCAGGCACCAUCCCAGUCUGGAUGCUCCAAAACCUCCAGUCCAGACAUGACUCCCCCUUCUACUGUCCUGCGAUCUCACAGCCCCUCCCCGCUGCGCCCCUGCAACACGUGGAAGAAACAUAACCGCCACUCGUUAGACGCCACAGCGACCAAGGCCUUCCACCCCUGCACAGGCCUGCCUCUGCUCUCCAGCCCCGUUCCUCAGAGGAAAAAUCAAACAGGCUACUUUGACCUGGACACCUCUCUGGCUGGCUGUAAGGGUUUGCCUUGGGCCUCUGGGAAAAGGGUGUGUCCAAAGAGAGAGGGGUAUACUGAUGAGUCACAGCAGCUCUUCAGUGCCAGCGCUCCACCUGCCAAUCUCAGUCUGCUGGGCAACUUUGAGGAGUGUGUGCUGAACUACCGCCUGGAGCCUUUAGGGUUGGUGGAGGGUUUCACAGCCGAGGUCGGGGCCAGCGGGUCCUUCUGCCCCAGUCACCUGACCGUACCUGUGGAGGUGUCGUUCUACAGUGUAUCCGAUGACAACGCUCCCUCACCCUAUAUGGGUGUUAUAAACCUGGAGACCCUGGGGAAACGGGGCUAUCGUGUACCUCCAUCAGGAACCAUUCAAGUGACCUUAUUCAAUCCCAACAAGACAGUGGUGAAGAUGUUUGUUGUGACGUACGACCUACGAGCCAUGCCAGCUGGACACCAGACCUUCCUGCGCCAGAGGACCUUCUCUGUUCCCGUCCGCCGCGACACAAACAAUCAGAGCAGCAGGAAGCCCCUCGGUCAGGGACGCACCUUGCGCUACCUCGUUCAUCUGAGGUUCCAGAGUUCCAAGUCUGGGAAGAUCUACCUCCAUAGGGACAUCCGUCUGCUGUUUUCCAGGAAGUCCAUGGAGGUGGACAGUGGAGCAGCCUACGAGCUCCAGUCCUCCACAGAGUCCCCGAUGGACCCACCUUUCUCCCCCCGCUGCUGAGGCCGGACACCCUCCCUCCUCCGGCGACCACCGAAGUUUUCAAUCACACCUUGAUGCCAGCGAUAGACUCUUCCGCAGCCCAUGGCUAGACAAACGUCUCUAAAAGAGAAGCAAUUUCAGGACUGCAUUCAACAAGACUCACUUGGUAUGUGCCCUAAAUCUCGAGUUUCCUCCCUUCUGUCACCCAGAACUGACAAGGGGGGAGGGGCUAAGAGUCUGGGGACUCGUCAGACAUUGUUGAGACAUUUGGUCAAAGGUUACGGUUAUAGAGUGUUUUCAGAUCCUGUUUCCCUGUUUAAGAAGGCCUUACCAGAAAUGAUAGGUCAUUCUUUUCCCAGCUGUUGUGUGUAUCCCCUCCAGCGUCUGGCAGGAGAGUAGAGACCAGUGAUCGUCUACAGAAGACACUUGAAUUACUUCACUCUGUUUACUCAAAUCAAAAUGUUAAUUGGACCUGACAUGAUGAAAAAAUUCUCAAUCAUAAUUAAUUUGUUCCAAAUGCAAUACAAGGCCCUUUAAUAUUUAGUUUUGUAUCCUUGAUGAUUAUAUGGAACUGAAAUUGAACUCUGCUUUGACCCUGUGAUUCCUGAGCUCGCAGCAAAAGGAGUAAAUAUGGAGGAGUAAGCGGGUGGCGAAUUGUGGUGCAACGCCAUCCCCUCGUCCAAAAAAAACGAAACGCCAUGGACCAGUGAAUAUGUUGAACAAGCAAUCAUCAAGAUUCAACUGAAAGCAUCACAGUUGAACAUCAGAAGUGCACUGUGGAUUUUUUUCCCCUCAUUAUAACUGGAAAUAAGAACAGAAAAUAGUAAUAUUCUAAUACUUUUGUACUGUUACAGAACCACUUUAUUGGAAGUGUUGCAAUAGAAAGAGUAACCUUAGUUUAGUGUUUACACAUUCACUCUCAGUUUACUUACCAUCAAAUUAUUUAAUAUUUAAAUUAAUAUUUCAGUUACUACUUGUGACGUCUGUCAUGCUAAGAUGAUGUAGUGCAAACUGUUUAUCAUAGUCUGUAUUUUUGACAUUAAUAUUCAAAUCUGAAAAAAAUAUAUCUAUAUAUCUUCUAAAGCAA